CUCUGCAGCAGAGUCGCAAGAAAGAGCCUUGAGAUAAACUGAACCAAAUCCCUUUCCUUUACCUUCACGCGUCCAUUAAAUCCCUUUUUCUCUUUCUCUCUCUACAUGCAUUUAUAGUCUACAGUCCCUCAAAUCUCUCCCAUUCCCUCUUUCUUCUUUCACUUUCCACUUACCCAAAAAACAGAGUGAAAAAAACAGGGCAACAACAAAAACAGAACAACCCAUUAGAGAAGAAGAAGAAAAAAAAACAGAGUGAGUUUGAUGGGUUCUUGCAAAGACCAAGAAGACGAUCAUCAUGAACAAGAACAAGAAGAACCGAAAUGCGUUUGGGUUCAUGGGCCUAUCAUUGUAGGUGCAGGCCCAUCAGGAUUAGCCGCCGCCGCUUGUCUUUCACAGAAUCAAAUCCCUUCACUCAUUCUUGAAAAAUCCGAUUGUAUUGCUUCUCUUUGGCAGUAUCGAACUUACGAUCGUCUCAAACUCCAUCUCCCCAAGCAAUUUUGUGAGCUUCCUCUCAUGGGUUUCCCUGAAAAUUUCCCCAAAUACCCUUCUAAAGAUCAGUUCAUUUCUUACAUGGAAUCUUACGCUUCUCAUUUCUCCAUCCAUCCCCGCUUCAAUCAGACCGUUCUUGCCGCUGAAUUCGACUCGGUUUCCGGGUUUUGGAAGGUCUCCACUCAGGAUUCCCAGUACAUUUCGCGAUGGAUCGUCGUCGCUACAGGGGAAAAUGCAGAGCCGGUUGUUCCAGAGAUUUUGGGGAUUGAGCGGUUUACUCGAACCGUUGUUCAUACUAGUAUGUAUAAAUCCGGUUCGGAAUUUAAAAACCAACGGGUUCUGGUCGUAGGUUGUGGGAAUUCCGGUAUGGAAGUUAGUUUAGACCUCUGCAGACAAAAUGCCAUUCCUCAUAUGGUUGUUAGAAACACCGUUCACGUGUUACCGCGAGAAAUGUUCGGAUUCUCGACAUUUGGAAUAGCCAUGGGGCUGAUGAAAUGGCUACCUCUAAGACUGGUGGAUAAGAUUCUUCUUUUAGUAGCCAACUUAACUUUAGGCAAUACUGAUCAUUUGGGUCUCCGACGACCGAAAACGGGUCCAAUCGAGCUCAAAAAUGCGACGGGAAAGACUCCGGUUCUCGACGUUGGAGCCUUAUCCCAAAUUAGAUCAGGGAAGAUCAAGGUGAUGGAAGGGGUAAAAGAGAUAACAAGAAAUGGAGCGAAGUUCAUAGAUGGACAAGAGAAAGAGUUUGAUUCAAUAAUCUUAGCGACCGGGUACAGAAGUAAUGUGCCAAGUUGGCUCAAGCAGGGGUGUGAUUUUUUCACAAAAGAUGGAAUGCCGAAAACCCCAUUUCCGAACGGGUGGAAAGGCGAGAGAGGGUUGUACACGGUCGGGUUUACUCGGAGAGGGCUACUUGGUACCGCAUCGGACGCUAUGAAAAUCGCAAAUGACAUUACCGAGCAAUGGCGGAUGGCCGGGAAUAAGGAUGGCAAGAAUUCUUCUUCUUACGUGAUAUUCCUUAAAGAAACUAAACGAAAAUGAAAGGUUGAAAUUGUCGGGAAGGGAAAAAAUCCAAAAGAAAACUUUGGAGAUAGGCUUUUGUGGAGGGAUUGGAUUAAUUAGUAACAUGAGAAGGGGUAAAUUAGUCAUUAUCCCAUCUAACCAAAGGGCUUUGUAAUUUUCUCUUUCUUCUUUUUGGGGUUGAUUUGUAAAUGCAUCAAUUUUG